AUGAUAUUAACCAUAAUAAUGAUGAUAAUAAUAAUAAUAAUAAUGAUAAUAAUAAUAGUAAUAAUAAUAAAGAUGGUAACAUUCAUAAUAUUAGUAGUGAUGGCAGCGCAAAAGACAAAAACACAAAGGAAGACCAAUUAGAAAAUGAUAAUAAAGUUAAUAUCAAUAAAAAUGAUUUUGUCCAUCGAGAAAAUGAUCGAAAUAAGAUCGUUUUAAAUAAUGAAUUUGUGCACAUUAAUAAAAGUGAAGAAAAAUUUGUUGUUAAUGUUGAUACUUCCUUAAAAAGUAGCGGUUGUAGUCAUUUUAACAAUAAGAAUAUUAAUAAUGAAAAUAUUGCUAGUGAAAUUUCUAAUUUUAAAAGUGGUAAACAGAUUACUGAUAAUGAAAAAAAUAAUAACGAUAAUCAAGCAAAUAUUGGAAAAAAACAAGAAGAUAGAAAGUAUAAUAUCCAUGAAAAUAGAAACUAUAACGAAAAAGAUUAUAUUGAGGAUUUUCAUAAAAAUGAUGAUAAUAAAAGCAGUAUUGUCGAAGAUGAUGCCAAUUGUGUAAACAAAAUUGAGAAAAAUGAUGAGGGUAAUACCCAGAAAGAGAAGUGGAAUGUUGAGGAUUUCAUGUUAAAUAGCCUAAAAAGCGAUAUAUUUCAAAAUAAUAAUGAAAUGAUUGGUAGCACCAAAAACAAUAUUAGUAUUAACAGUAUCAACAAUUCUAAUUCAAGUAAAAGCAACCACACCAUCAGUUCCAACACAAAUAAUAGCUCUGUAAAAGAUAAGUGUAACAAAAGUAGGAAUGACAUCGAUACUAAAGAUAAUAAUGAGGGUACAAAAGAGGAUAAAUCAUCUAAUAUUUCGCAACUUUCACCAUUAUCGAAACCGAACGAGUUAACUACGAAUAUGGCAAAUGCUGCAGCACAAUUGCGGAAUAUAAUGUCAAGUAUAAAUUCACCGACUUUAACAUCUAAUCUAAUAUUACAGCAUUCAGAAAAAGUUGCAGCAAAAAGUAGUGAAGAUAGUCAAAAUAUUGAUACUCUUGAUGGCUUUCAAACCCAAGCACCUGAAGAAUUAAAUUUAUUCAAAAAUUGCAAAAAUUCUAUUUUGCCAUUAGAUAAAAAUGAAUUAAUAUCUCAAGAUGUUUGCCUUACUGAGAAUCAACAACUUGUAACAACGACUUCAAUUAAGGAAGUAGACACGAUGGAUAAAACUAUUUUUACCGAAAAAGGCGUUAUUAAAAAUACAAAUGUCAUGGCAAUACCAACGUCUUUGGUUUUUUCAUCUUCCCUUCCUAUUGUUUCUGAGAAAACGAGGGCAUCUACCGAUAUAAACAAGAGUAUUAGUAACUUUGUUACGAAUGUAAAACAUAAUUUAAAAGAAAGUGAAAGUGAAAAGGAUAAUAUUCAAUCUAUAGGAAAAUUGACGUUUAAAAAUGAAAUUGACCUACAACCAAAGUAUGUUAAACCUUCCGAGGAAGUUCAAGUCAAUAACAAAAAACGAUUGAUGGAAAUUUCACCUGAUAAAUUAGCUGUUUCGCAUGAGAUAAAACAUGGGUACAAUUCAUCAACUUCAAUUCCAAAAUCUUGUAGCUCGAGUACAUUGUCAACUUUGGCAAAUUCUAAUAAAGUGAGCAAAUUAGAAAGCUCUCAAAAUGUUUUGUUAAAACAGCUAUUGCAAAACUCCACUACAAAUUCAUCUAACAACAAGAGCACAAAUUCUCAAAUUAACAUACCGGGGCCAAGAAAGAUACAAAAUUUGAGAGCUCCAAGUUUAGGUGUAGUCAGCUCUUUAGAGGCUCAGUUGGCCCGACCUGUAAUACCGCCGGUUGUUACAGAUUCACAGUCUGCAACACCACUUUCAUCAAAAACAUUGGCAGAUCCUAAAGAAAAUAUAAUAGGCCAUAAAAAGGAAAAUAACUCUUUAAGUUCAUCUAGUGGUAGUUUUAUCAGAGAGCACAAGACCAGUCCUUACGUUUCACGAGAAACGUCAUUCAUUUCUAAUCCACAACCUAUUAAUGUCAAACCUGAACAAAGUGAACCGUCAUUACAAAAUCAACACCAUUUGCAUCCUCAGCAAUUACAGCAACAGCAAAAAAUUCAGCAAAUUGUGCAGCAUCAUCAACAGCUUCAGCUGCACCAGCAAAUGCAGCACAUUAAAGAAAUGCAACAAUCUCAACAGCAACUUCAGAAAUCCCAAUCAGGCGUAAAUCAAAAUCAGCAGGAUCAACAAAUUAAUUUAUUAUUACAACAACAAAGUAACAGUGAUGAUAACAUAAAUAAGUUUAACAUGGCACCUACUGUUGCCAAUACUAAAUUAAUGAGAGAAGAUUUCAACAAGAUUUCUAAUGCUGCAUCAACAGAAAUAAAUCAAUGCAAAGGCGAGUAUCCUACUGUCAAAAAGGAUCAUUCGUCGUUAUUUUCAGCGAGCACUUCAAGUAAUGUAACUGAUAAAAAUAUUAAAUAUAACGCCCAAGAAGUAAGCCAAAAUAAAUUAAGCAAAGAAACUGGAGUCGAUCGUCUUGCAGAUCCGGGAAAAUCUAAACUUAAUGUUGAUUCAAGUAGUGCAGGUGUUGGUGACAUUAGAAAAAUUGCUACAAAACGAAAAAGAGACUUCCAAAAAAAUAAAAAACAACAGGUUUUAAAUAAAGAAUCAAUGAUUGGGGCACCAAAAAAAAGGGGAAAGAAAGCCGAUAAAGUAGAACAAGAUUACGACGAUUUUAUUGACAACUUAAUGGCACAAAUUAGACAACUUCCAGCAUUGCAAGUAUUGGAACCCCUACUUAAUCGUAACUUCAACGUGUGUAAUAUUUAUGGUUCAAAUCAAAUAACACCACGAUUGAGCAACUUUCACGAAAAAAUAAAUGUGUUUAAUGGAAAGGAUAUUAAGGAUUUUUAUAAUAUGGAACCGUUUGGUCCAGAAAAUCCAUUUGAAAAUGAUGAUGAUAGUGAAUCAUCAAUACAAAACGGAUUUUAUGAUCAAGAAUUUCCAACGUAUAGUACCUACCCAUAUUUGGUUAAGACAACAAAUGUUUUGGAGUCAACAUUGAAAAAUCGUGAUUUGGGAACUCCAAAUAGCAUAAUUUCAUGUUCAAGCGGAGCCGAGAGUGAUGAUGAAGGUAAAAAAUUAAAUAUAUUGACAAACGAUGCUGAUCAGCAAAUGAAUCAACUUGAAAUUCGAAAUAAACUUCAAUCUAGUAGUAAAAAUUCAUCUUCAGUGAACGUAAUCAAUAUUUCAUCAAGGAAAAGAAAGUAUGAGACAAAAAUAUUUAAAGAUAUCAACGGUGAUUAUGAUUCAUAUGAAACAAAUGAUAAAGAUAAAACAAAAUUUUCUCGGAGGCAUUCAAACAAACAACCGAAUUUGACAGUAACGCUUACGUUAACCCCGAAUAUAGCUGAGAACAUUUUUGACAUAUUAAAAGAGCUGUCACAUAUUUUACGAGUACCUUCGCCUGAUGUUUUAAAAUUAAUAGAUAACAAAGAAGAUCUCUCUUUCCAUGUUCAAAAAUCUACAGCAGCUUCAAUGUCAUCUUCAGUUGGGGGGUCAACAACUUUAAUGUUUGAAAAUAAUAAUAAACAUAAUUUAACGAUAAAAAAUAUGAUGAAUACAUUGCAAUAUUCACUGCAACCGUUACCGAAAGAAACGGUUGAUAUACAAGCAAUUUUAAAUUCUAAUUCAAAGUUUUGUCGUCACUGUGAUGUUUUGAUAGUUAAUGCGAAAUUGAGAUUCAAAAAUCCUCAGCAUUCGCAACAAGAAAAUUUAGAUAUAAUUGAUGGGGAAGAAAAAUCAGUUUUAACAUUUAAUAAAAAUGGAGACCUUUAUUUCUGUAGUAAAAGUUGUUACAAUCAGUAUCAAUGGAGAUCUAGAUUAGUUAAUUUUGAUUCUUGUAAUAAAAGUUUGCACAACCGUAGUAUUAACCACACAAGCAAUCAUAAUAAUAUCAGCACUAAUAUAAAUCAUAAUUGCAAUAAUAAUUAUUAUAAAUAUUACAAUCAUAACAAUAUUAAUAACAGUAAUAACACCAACAUAAACAGCGACAAUAACAGUUUUAACAACAGUGGCAAUAAUAUCCGGCAUAAUUCUUGCUACAACCAUAAUGACUUGUCCGACAAUGACAAUGAAAUUGAGAAUCACAUUCAAAACAGAUAUUUAUUUAAUGAAAAUGAUAAUGAUAAUGACGAUGACAAUGAGAAUACGGAUAAUGAUAAUACUAAUAAUGAAGAUGAAAAUAAUGAUGAAGAUGACGACGAUGACGAUGAUAAUGAUAAUAAUCAUAAUAAUAUUAACCAUCGUAAUAACAAUAGUAAUAAUAGGAACAAUAAUGGUAAUAAUAAUAGCAGCAGUAAUAAUAAUAAUAACAAUAAUCAUGGUAAUUACAAUAACUAUGAAAAUAAUAACAGUAAUAAUAAUUAUAACGACAGUAAUAAUAGUAAUCAGAGUAAUCACAGUAACCACAAUAAUAAUAUAAAUAGUAUUAACGGCAACAACAGCAACGAUAGAAAUAUUGACAGUAAUGGUAGUACAACCAGUUUCAGCGACGGAAGCCAUGGCAACGAUACUUUAAGUGGCAAUUGCUGUAACAGUUACCGUAACGAAUGUAAUAAUGCCAAUAAUCUCCAGAGAAGUACUUUGAAUAUCAACAGUAAUAAUAACAGUACAAUAAAUAGUAAUAUGAAUGAUAACAAUGGCAGGAAUGUGAAUAACAAUAAUAAUAACCUUAAUAAUAAUAAUAGUAAUAACAAUAAUAAUAAUAACAAUAAUAAUAAUAAUAGCAAUAAUAAUAAUAAUAAUAAUAAUAAUAAUAAUAAUAACAACAAUAGUAAUAAUAGUAAUAAUAAUAAUAAUAAUAAUAGUAAUAAUAGUAAUAAUAAUAAUAAUAAUAGUAAUAAUAAUCAUAAUAAUAUUCAUGAUAAUAAUAAUAGUAAUAAUAAUAAUCAUAACAGUAAUAGUAAUCAUAACAGCAAUACUAAUGAUAAUUCUAAUAGCGAUAGUAAUAGUAAUGGCAACAGUAGUAGUAAUAAUAUAAAUAAUAAUAAUAAUGAUAAUAAUAAUAACAACACCAACAACAGCAACAACAACAACAACAAUAAUAAUAAUAAUAAUAAUAAUAAUAAUAAUAAUAAUAAUAAUAAUAAUAAUAAUAAUAAUAAUAUUAAUAAUAAUAAUAAUAAUAAUAAUAAUAAUAAUAAUAAUAAUAAUAAUAAUAAUAAUAAUAAUAAUAAUAAUAAUAAUGAUAAUAAUAAUAAUAAUAAUACUAAUAAUAAUAAUUAUAAUAAUAAUAACAAUAAUAAUAGUAAUAGUAAUAGUAAUAGUAAUGGUAAUAGUAAUAGUAAUAGUAAUAGCAAUAGUAAUAGUAAUAGUAAUAGUAAUAGUAAUAGUAAUAGUAAUAGUAAUAGUAAUAGUAAUAGUAAUAGUAAUAGUAAUGGUAAUAAUAAUAGUAAUAGUAAUAGUAAUAGUAAUAGUAAUAGUAAUAGUGAUAGUAAUAGUAAUAAUAAUAGUAAUAGUAAUAAUAAUAGUAAUAGUAAUAGUAAUAGUAAUAGUAAUAGUAAUAUUAAUAGUAAUAGUAAUAGUAAUAAUAAUAGUAAUAGUAGUAGGAAUAGUAACUAUAAUGUUAAUAGUAAUAAUAAUAAUAGUAAUAGUACUAGUAAUAGUAAUAACAACAGUAAUAGUAAUAGUAAUAGUAAUAGUAAUAAUAAUAAUAAUAGUAAUAGUAAUAAUAAUAGUAAUAGAAAUUGUAAUAAUAGCAAUAGCAACAGUAAUAGUAAUGGUAAUAAUAAUAAUAAUAGUAGUAGUAAGAAUAAUAGUAACUGCAAUAAUAAUAAUGAUGAAAAUAAUAAAAAUAAUGCUAAUAAUAAUAUUAAUAAUAAUAAUAAUAAUAUUAAUAAUAUUAAUAAUAGUAAUAAUAAUAACAAUAAUAAUAAUAAUAAUAAUAAUAAUAAUAAUAAUAAUAAUAAAAAUAAUAAAGAAAAUAGUAAAAAUGAUAAGAAUAGCAAUAAUAGUAAUGAUAAUAAUAAUAUUAUUAACAAUAAUAAUAAUGAAAAAAAUAAUAACAAUAAUAAUAAUAAUAAUAAUAGUAUUAGUAAUGAUAAUCUUAAUAACAAUAAUUGUAACAGUAAUAUUAAUUAUAAUAGUAAGAAUAAUAAUAAUAAUAAUAAUAAUAAUAAUAAUAAUAAUAAUAAUAAUAAUAAUAAUAACAGUAAUAAUAACAAUAAAAAUAAUAAUAUUAAUAAUAAUGAUAAUAAUAAUGGCAAUAGUAAUAGUAAUGGUAAUAAUAAUAGUAAUAGUAAAAACAAUAGUAAUUGUAAUAAUAAUAAUGAUAAUAAUAAAAAUAACAAUAAUGCUAAUAAUAAUUAUAAUGCUAAUAAUAAUUAUAAUAAUAAUAAUAAUAAUAGCAAUAAUAAUAAUAAUAAUAAUAAUAAUAAUAAUAAUAAUGACGGUAAUAACAGCAGCAAAAAUAAUUGCAAUAAUAGUAGUAGCAAUAACAGUGCCAACAAUGCCGGUAAUAACAAUAGCAAUAAUGGUAACAACAGUAAUUAUCAUCAUCAUCAUUACCAUAAUAAUAAUAAUUGUAAUAAUACCAAUAGCAACAACAAUAGUAAUGGUAACAGUAGCAGUAAUAAUGGUAAUAAUAACACAAGCAGCAACAGUAACAACACAGCCAAUAAUAGUAACAACAACAAUAUCAACAACAAUAAUAAUAGUAGCAAUGAUAACAAUAAUGCCGAUAAUACUUGUAACGACAUUAAUAAUAAUAAUAGUAAUAACACAGACGAGGACGGUGAUGAAGAUAACGAUGACGACGAUGAUGAUGAUGAUAACACUGGUAAUAGUGAUUGUAAGAACAUAAAUAAAGUAAAUGGUAAUAAUAAAAAAAAUAGAAUUAAUAAAAACAUUUGCAGUAAAAUAAAUAGCAAAAAUAUAAAUAACACCAAUAGUAAUCACACAAAAAUCAUAAGUAAUAUGAGCAGCAAAAAAAAUAAUUGUUGCUGGAAAGAUGGUAAAGUCAGAGAGAAUGAAGAUGACAGUGAUAACGAUAUAUAUAACGAUAAUGAAGAGGAAAACAAUGAUGAAGAUGAAGAAAAUUACAAUGAUAGUCAUAGUGAUAACGAUAAUGAAGAUAAUUACAACGACAACAAUAACAAUAACUACAAUGAGUUUAAGUUUGAAAAUGGCAAUUCCUCUUCAGAAGAUAUUUCGACGGAAUUAACAACUGGUUUUGUUUCUGAAAUUCGCAACACUGAUAACAUCAGUAAUAGCCAUAAUGUGUCGUUUUCCUUGCAUAAACGAGACACUUUUCGACAUUCUCAUGAACAAAUAAAUUUAUGUGAUGAAAAUGUUAAAAUUACACAUUUCUCUAAAGAUAAUAGCUUUAAACCCUGUGUUAAAUUGAAAAGAAAAACUGAAAAGGAAAUUGUUGAAAUGUUAUUUAAAAUGUCAAUAACCGUAAUGCCUCAAAAUGAUGUAGAUGAUACUCGACAAUGUAUAUUUUGUAGUCAAAUAGGUGAUGGUGUCACUGAUGGUCCAUCUAGGUUAUUAAAUUUUGACGUUGAUAAAUGGGUACAUUUGAAUUGUGCCUUAUGGUCCGAUGGUGUAUACGAAACAGUUAAUGGUGGCCUUAUGAAUUUUGAAUCAGCUAUUCAAGCUAGUUUAAAUCAAUGUUGCGUAAUAUGUCAUCGAACUGGAGCCACAGUUAAAUGCUUUAAAACGCGUUGUUGUAAUAUAUACCAUUUAUCAUGUGCACUUAAAGAUAAUUGUGUGUUUUAUAAAAACAAGACAAUGUACUGUUCAGUUCAUGCUUCUAAAAAUGAAAAAGAUAAUGAAUUAAACAAUUUAAAUGCUCAGCGGCGAAUAUAUAUUGAAAGAGAUGAAAAUCGACAAGUCGCUGCUAUAAUGCACCAGUCUGAGAUUUGCAAUCUUUUAAGGGUUGGAAAUUUAAUUUUACUUAAUGUAGGGCAACUCUUACCACAUCAAUUAAAUAGCUUUCACAAUGAAAAUUACAUUUAUCCAGUAGGAUAUAAAAUAAUUAGAUUUUAUUGGUCUAUGACAAAAAGUAAUAAAAGAUGUCGAUAUAUAUGUUCCAUUGCGGAUGUUGAUAAUGAACCGGAGUUUCGUGUUAUUGUACAAGAAUCAAAUGAACCUGAUGUUGAGUUUAAAGGUAAAACUCCAAAAUUAGCCUGGCUACCUAUUUUAAAUAAAAUGGUAGACUUAAGAAAGAAAACUAAGCUUGUAAGCAUGUUCCCCAAAUACUUGAUGGGUGAAGAUUUAUUUGGUUUGACGGAACCAGCAAUUACUCGUAUUUUAGAAAGUUUGCCAGGAGUAGAUACACUUACUGAUUACAGAUUUAAAUAUGGUAGAAAUCCUUUACUGGAACUGCCACUUGCGAUAAAUCCAUCCGGAGCAGCUAGAACCGAACAAAAACAAAAGUUAUCAUUUCAUUGGAAAAGAUCUCAUACUCAACGCACAAGCUCGACAACAAAUCAGCGUUGUGCGUCGUUCAUCCCGCCUAUCUCUGUAGCUGGAGAAGUGGCCUGUCCUUAUAGUAAACAGUUUGUUCAUUCAAAGAGUUCCCAGUACAAAAAAAUGAAACAAGAAUGGCGUAAUAAUGUGUAUUUAGCUAGAUCAAAGAUUCAAGGGCUUGGUUUAUAUGCUGCACGAGAAUUGGAAAAACACACAAUGGUAAUUGAAUAUAUAGGUGAAAUUAUAAGAACUGAAGUUUCAGAGCUUCGUGAAAAACAAUAUGAAGCUAGAAACCGUGGAAUUUAUAUGUUUCGGUUAGAUGAAGAUCGUGUUGUUGAUGCAACUCUUUCUGGAGGUUUAGCUCGUUAUAUUAAUCAUUCUUGCAAUCCAAAUUGUGUUACAGAAAUUGUUGAAGUAGAUCGCGAAUUGCGAAUUAUAAUCUUUGCAAGAAGGCGAAUAGAUCGCGGUGAAGAACUUUCAUAUGAUUACAAAUUUGACAUAGAAGAUGAUGCUAAUAAAAUAUCAUGCAUGUGUGGUGCACCAAAUUGUAGAAAAUGGAUGAAUUAGUUUUUAGGAUUUAUAUUUGAUUUAAUAUUGUAUGUAUUUAAUUUUUAUAAAUAAAUUUGAUUUUUGUUUUAAAUUUUUAAGAUAAUGUUUGUCAAAAAUUUUUUGUAACUUUUUUCUUAGAAGCAUAAGAGAAUUAGUAGUUAAAACACUUUAAAGUAAAGGUAUAUAUAUUUAUAUAUAAAUAUAAAUAUAUUUACAUACAACUAUUCAAAAUACAGAGAUUUUUUAAACUUAAAAAUGAGAAAAUUAAAAAAAUAUUUGAUUGCUUUUAGUUUUAAAUUUUAAUGAAUUAAAUAAAUAAAAUUACAAAUAAAUGCUUGUACUUGUAUAUGCAUGGAUAAAUGACCUUGAACGAACUGAUAGGUAAUUCCAUGUUUAUAUGCACAAACAUAUAUACAUAUGUACAUAUAUAGAUAAAUAUAUGAGUGAAAUAUUAUGUAUAUUAUAUAUGUGUAUGUAUAUAUAUAUAUAUAUUUAUAUAUUUAUAUUUUAUUCAUAUUAAAAUUUAUAUUUAUAACUUAAUAUAUAUUUACAUAUUAUGUAUGCAUAAUAUUAUAUAGAUUUAUACAACUUUGUAUAUAAAUGUAUAUUGUUGAAGUUAAAAAAAAUA